AUAUUGUUGUUUGUCUUGCUGGUUUUUUUUCUACUUGAUCACAUCUCACUCCAGAUACAUUACUCUGCUGCGUGUUUCACUUAUAUUCAAUUGAUAAACCCUGAAAGUAAGAAAGAGAAGUAGAGAGAUGAAAAAAGCGGAGCUAAUAUUCAUUCCACUGCCGGAGACAGGCCACCUUUUAUCGACGAUCGAGUUCGGUAAGCGUUUAAUUGAUAUGGACUGUCGGAUUUCCAUGAUAACGAUCCUCUCCAUGAAACUCCCUUACGCUCCUCACGCCGACGCUUCCUUGGCGUCGCUCACAGCCUCGGAGCCUGGAAUCCGACUCAUCAGCCUCCCGGAGAUCCAAGAUCCACCUCCGAUCAAGCUUCUCGACACUUCCUCCGAGACUUACAUCCUCGACUUCGUCGAUAAAAACAUACCCUUUCUCAAAAAAACCAUCCGAGAUUUGGUCUCAUCGUCCGGAGAAGAAUCAAACCAUGUCGUCGGCUUGAUUCUUGAUUUCUUCUGCGUCGGUUUGAUCGACAUCGGUCGAGAAGUAAACCUUCCCUCGUAUAUCUUCAUGACUUCGAAUUUCGGUUUCUUGGGGUUUCUACAGUAUCUCCCGGAGCGAAAUCGUUUGCUUCCGUCUGGGUUCGACGAGACCUCCGGCGAGGAUGAGUUAACGAUCCCGGCGUUCGUGAACCGUGUUCCGGCCAAGGUUCUGCCGCCUGGUGUGUUGGACAAACUUUCAUACGUCACAUUGGUCAAAAUUGGCGAACGAUUAAACGAAGCCAAGGGUAUUUUGGUCAAUUCUUUCUCAGAGGUCGAGCCUCAUGCCGCUGAACAUUUUUCUCGAAGACGAGAUUAUCCUCGUGCGUAUCCUGUUGGGCCGGUACUCAACUUAACGGGCCGUAGUAAUCCUGGCCUAGUUUCGGCCCAGUACGAAGAGAUGAUGAAGUGGCUAGACGAGCAACCAGACUCUUCUGUUUUGUUCCUGUGUUUCGGGAGCAUGGGAGUCUUCCCUGCACCUCAGAUCAAAGAGAUAGCUCACGCCCUCGAGUUCGUCGGUUGCAGAUUCAUCUGGGCGAUCCGUACGAACAUGGCAGGAGACGGCGAUCCGCGCGAGCCGCUCCCAGAAGGAUUCGUCGACAGAACAAUGGGCCGUGGAAUUGUAUGCGGUUGGGCCCCGCAAGUAGAUAUCUUGGCCCACAAGGCAACAGGCGGCUUCGUAUCUCAUUGCGGGUGGAAUUCUAUACAAGAGAGUCUAUGGUACGGUGUACCACUUGCCACGUGGCCGAUGUAUGCGGAGCAACAGCUUAACGCAUUUGAGAUGGUGAAAGAGCUGGGCUUAGCCGUAGAGAUAAGGCUUGAUUACGUGGCGGAUGGUGAUAGGAUCACGUUAGAGAUCGUUUCAGCCAAUGAAAUCGCCACAGCCGUCCGAUCUUUGAUGGAUGGUAACAACCCAAUCAGGAAGAAGGUUACAGAGAUUUCGGCAGCCGCGAGGAAAGCUGUUAGCGACGGUGGAUCUUCGCUGGUGGCCACCAGAGAUUUUAUCAGAGAUAUUUUAGAGGAUCACUUUUGAUUAUUCUCUUUCGGAGCUAAACUUAAAAUGUAGAAUAAAUAAUGUUAUCAUUUUUAUCAUGUAUGAUGUUUCUUAUUAAUAACACUUCUACUCUUUAA